AGGGGUUUGUCUAGGUCAGCCCAACCGCAAUUGCAAAUACCAUCCUUUCCUUUCCUUUCCUUUCCUUUCUUUCUCAAAUUUCCAUCAUCAGUCUUUACAAAUACCAUUUACCAAAAAGAAAAAAGAGAAAACAACUCCUAAUUUUAAUUAUUGACAUUUUGCUCUGUGUCUUUAGUCUCAAAAAAUUAGGGUUAAUUAGACGGUUUUUGAAUUUCUAUCUCUCUGUUUAGGGCUCAAUUCUUCUCUUAGUUUGUGAUGACUCUAAAAAGUUUUGAUUUUAAGUUUAAAGAAUCGAAACAAAAAGACAUAGCCAUUUAAAAGGCACUGCUGUUAUUGAAGGACAAGGCUUCGCAUUAGUUGUUGCAGUACUACAAAUUCGGUGAGAAGAUCGGGGCGGCAGUGAAAAUGAGCGCCUCUCGGUUCAUUAAGUGCGUCACCGUCGGCGACGGCGCUGUCGGCAAGACUUGCAUGCUUAUUUCUUACACUAGCAACACUUUCCCUACGGACUAUGUACCAACUGUUUUUGACAAUUUCAGUGCAAAUGUGGUUGUGGAUGGGAGCACUGUCAAUUUGGGAUUAUGGGAUACUGCUGGCCAGGAGGAUUACAAUAGAUUAAGACCUUUGAGCUACCGAGGCGCAGACGUCUUUAUCCUUGCAUUCUCUUUAAUCAGCAAGGCCAGCUAUGAAAAUGUUGCCAAAAAGUGGAUACCUGAACUGAGGCAUUACGCACCUGGAGUUCCAAUUAUUCUUGUUGGAACAAAACUUGAUCUUCGGGAGGAUAAGCAGUUCUUCAUUGACCAUCCUGGUGCAGUGCCUAUAACUACUGCUCAGGGAGAGGAGUUGAGAAAACUUAUUGGAGCUCCUGCCUACAUAGAGUGUAGCUCAAAAUCGCAACAGAACGUGAAGGCAGUUUUUGAUGCGGCCAUCAAGGUAGUUCUCCAGCCCCCAAAACAAAGGAAGAAGAAGAAGAAGGGACAAAAGGCUUGCUCCAUAUUGUGAUGAUCUAGGUUUAGGUUUGACACAGAGAAGCUGACCUUUCAGCUGCUCACUGCAGUCAUUCAUCACUGUGUUUCAUGUCCUCGUGAAGAAGCAGGAGACCUUGUUGUAUAGUCUUGACUGACAUUCUAGGGAGUUUCUCUGAGAGCAUCAGUUCGUUGUUGCUUUAAUCUCAUGAUCUGUAAUUGUACUGUAUUUCUUGUUGAACAUGAACCUUCAUUUGUUUUCCCAUGUCUAAAUUUGUUUUCAUGUAUUAACCAGAUUUGUGAAAGGUAUCUACUACUAGAGCACUGUUAUUGACA